AAGGCUUUCAGUACCAAAGAGAGCAGAGUGAGGAGUGAGAUACCUGCAGGUACGCUGAGACGCAGGACAGGUUUUACUGUCAGUGUAAACACACAGCUGUUAACAUCAGGAAUAAAGUAUUGGAAGUCAACCCUGCUGUAAAUUCAUAUAAAGCUGCCCUAACUUUCUGACUCCAGAGCAGCUGACGCAGUGGAGGAUGACAAACAUCUCACGGUAUCUUGUUAAUCACCUGCUGACUUUCUCACUCCAGGAUGGGGAUGUGCAGAGUGUGGAGGAAGCCCAGUCGCGUCUCUUCUUCCUAGCUCAGAGCAAAAAGCUGUGGAGUCAACAGAUGUUCCUAGAAGUUGGAACAGAAGCCAUUCAUCUCCGGGACACACAGAGCCAGGAUGAGCUGGAGAACUACUCUUUCAAAUCUAUAUACCGCUGCGACGCCAUUAACACAGAAAAAUACUUCUCAUCCCUCCUCCUUCUUGUUUGCCAAGGUGUAGAUCAAAAGAAGCCGGAUAUUCAUUUCUUUAACUGCGAGAGUGUAAAGGCAGAGCAGAUCUGUGACAACAUCGCAGAAGCGGUUUCUGGUUCCUCCACCACCAGGAAUGAGAAGCUCCCUGACGCCCUCAGGCUUCCUCAGAGUGGGGGAGAAAUGAUCGACCCCUUUGAAAUCCCAAGCCCCCCCAUCCCACAUGCUCCAAAUGCCCCACCAAUCAACCCUCCACCUUACCCAGGGCUCAGAGCGAACGGCAUGAACGGCGGGCCUGACAUCUCUUUCCUGCGAGCAGAGAGAGAAGUGGGGAUCCUCAAUCAUUGUUUCGACGACAUCGAGAACUUCAUGGCCAAGUUGCAGCAGACUGUGGAGGCUGUGACGGUGCUGUCCCAGAGGAAGAAGAAAAAGAAGAAAAGUAAAAAGCAAAGUGCUGAAGAAGAUCUACUCACUGCAAAGGCCCGCCCUCCGCCAGAGGAGGAAUUCAUAGAUAUCUUCCAGAAAUUCAAAUAUUGCUUCAGCCUGCUGGCCCGUCUGAAAUCAACCAUCUCCAAUCCUUCAUCAGAGGAGCUUGUUCACCAUGUAUUCAAACCUCUGGAUAUGAUGGUGAAAACAACAGGGGGACCAACGCUGGGAGCCUCAGUGUCCAGCCCCACCCUGACCAACUCUGCCGUCACCCUGCUAAAAGACAACCUGAACGAGGAGGAGAUGCAGCUGUGGACGUCUCUGGGUACCAACUGGACACUCCCACGCUCCCAGCUCAGAGGGCCUGUAGCGCCGUACACCCCUGUGUUCCUGGACGGUUGGAAGCCAGAAGCCUUGAGAGCAGACGGGCAGGUUUGGGAGGAUCCGGUUGAGUCAGAGCACAAACAUGAGGACCUCAGAGUAAAACAAGAGCAGCACCAGCCACCUCAGCCAGGCAGUCCUCCAAACACGCACAUCAGCGAUGACAUGCAUGGCGGCACACCAGAGCCAGAGAGACUCUACAGCUGCACCUACGACUUCAUAGCCAGGAACAGCAGUGAGCUUUCAGUGCAGCAGGGGGAGACACUUGAGGUGGUUGAAUCAUCCAAGCGCUGGUGGAAGUGUCGCAAUCGCUUCAACCAGAUCGGAUUUGUUCCCUUCAACAUCCUGGAACCCGUGGCUCAUAUAGACAGCCCCGUAAACAACAAACCCCCCAGUGCUCCAGCUCCGCCGCCCCUCGCCAAAACUUUCUCUGUAGUCCCACCCAGCCCACCUGCUCCACACCAGGCCCCCACCCACUCCCCACAGCGCCCACGCAGCUUACCGCCAUACAGCCAACAUAUAUCAGCUGCGGAGGACACAGAAAAUAAAGUCAUGUUGGUUAACGACGAGCUGCUCCAGAGGCUGACCAACGGAAAGACCAGUCUGAACAAACCUCUGGUCAUCCCUCGUUCCUCAGAGACCUCUGUUCCUCUGGACUACCACUCUCCUCCAGAGGAGGUGGCGGAGUGGCUCCAAGGGAAGGGCUUCAGUGAACCGACGGUGUCAUGUUUGGGAGUGCUGACAGGUGCCCAGCUCUUCUCCCUCAACAAGGAGGAGCUGCGAGCUGUGAUUCCAGACGAGGGCGCCAGAGUGUACAGCCAGCUCACUGUGCAGAAAGCACUGCUGGAGGAUGCCCGGAGAGCCACGGAGUUGGAGGCAGUCAUGGAGAAACAGAAAAUGAAGGUUGAUCUGAAACUGGAGAGCAGCACAUUGUGAGCAGCAGGCGUCUACAACAUGAAGAGUUGCAGAUGAAGGAUCGUGUUCUUCUGGUGGCAUUGUCACUCAAGAGUGAACUGAAUUAUUAAUUAUAUUCACCUGAGAACAAACACGCAAUGGUGACUUGACCUUCCAACAUAGUGAAGACCAUCAUGCUAUAAUUACUUCAUCUUAAAACCAAAGUAUUUGGCAGCAAAUCAGGAAUGUAAGCUUUAAGUGCAAGCAGGCGCUGUUCAGAUUAAAUAUUUUAACAUUAAAGUACACUAUUUGUAAUGUAUGUGAUUUUCUUGUGAAUAGUUAUCUCUCAGUUAUGCCAAGUAGGUACAGACUAACUUAAUGAAAUGUAUUUAUCUUUGUAAAAUAACAUUCAACCAUGAUUAACAUGCAGACAAUGACAGGACUUUGGCAAGAAAGACAAUAAAAAUUAAAAUGGUGGGAUUUUUUUAUUUUUUUAUUGAGACUUUAAAGAAAGACUUCCAGCAGAACAUAAACAGAUAUGACUUCACACAUUAGGUUAAAGCAAUGCAUCCAUUAAAAUCUGUUUGCAAUUAUAAGUCUAUUCACAUGGAAUUUGUCCAGAUUGGGCCAAAAUUUCAAUGUAUGACUUGACUAAUUAAUAAAGGUAUGUACAGUUAUA